AGCACCCGCGACCGGGUGGCCGGCGAGAGCGCCGAGCCCGAGCCCGAGCCCGAGGCGGACUACUACGCCAAGGAGGUCACCCGCGUGCUAAUGGUGGACAGCAACAACAAAAUCUAUGACCCUCUCAGGCACGGCUCACAUAGCACGUACAUGCUCUUCAACACGUCAGCGCUUCGAGAAGCAGUGUCAGACCCCCUGCUGCUCUCCCGGGCAGAGCUGCGCCUGCAGAGGCUCAAGUUGAAAGUGGAGCAGCACGUGGAGCUGUACCAGAAAUACAGCAACAAUACCUGGCGCUACCUCAGCAACCGGCUGCUGGCCCCGAGCGAAUCCCCGGAGUGGCUGUCCUUCGACGUCACCCCCGUCGUGCGGCAGUGGCUGAGCCACGGAGGGGAAAUCGAGGGCUUUCGCCUCAGCACCCACUGCUCCUGUGACGACAAAGAGAGGAAGCUACAGCUGGAAAUCAAGGGGCUCAGUAACAACCACCGCCGGGGUGACCUGGCUGCCAUUCACGGCAUGCACCGGCCCUUCCUACUCCUCAUGGCCACCCCACUGGAGAGGGCCCAGCACCUGCACAGCUCUCGGCACCGCCGGGCCCUGGACACCAACUACUGCUUCAGCUCCACGGAGAAGAACUGUUGUGUCCGGCAGCUGUACAUCGACUUCCGCAAGGACCUGGGCUGGAAGUGGAUCCACGAGCCCAAGGGCUACCAUGCCAACUUCUGCCUGGGGCCCUGCCCAUACAUUUGGAGCCUGGACACCCAGUACAGCAAGGUCCUGGCCUUGUACAACCAGCACAACCCGGGCGCGUCGGCGGCGCCGUGCUGCGUGCCGCAGGCGCUGGAGCCGCUGCCCAUCGUGUACUACGUGGGCCGCAAGCCCAAAGUGGAGCAGCUGUCCAACAUGAUCGUGCGCUCCUGCAAGUGCAGCUGAGGCCCCGCCCC